AUGUCAUCAAUUUCGAUGGAUGCACCAACUCUUCAAGCAACCAGAAAUAAUAUGAGAAAUUUUAUCAAUUUUGUGCAUAUGCAUGAGUUUCUUUUGAAACAAUAUGGUGCAAUCAAAAUCGUUCCACCCUCUGAAUUCCAAGAAGUUUUCAAAAAAAAUCGAAUCAAAUGUAUUUUACCUUCAACAAUUCAACAAAUCACUCAACCAAAUCGGAAUAAUAUGAUAUAUUCUGUCGAUACAGUGCCCUGUAUUAAUGAAAACAAAUUAAAGCAAUUAUUACCUUUAAACGAAACUACUUUCUGGUUAUCAUUAUCUCAGUCCUCUAAUAAACAACAAAUAUCAAGUGUAUCAAUUCUUUCUAAUAUGAGUUUUUUUCUAAAACGAGUUUCUCGAACCGAUUUCGAUAUUCAUCGAUUACCUCAACGAUCACUUCUUGCAUUAUGUGACAGUAAAUGUCUUCGCCAAUUCGUACCAUCUUUGAUUCGAGCACAUGGACCUGGUGCAAUUCAUCCACUAGCUUCUGCUCAUCAACGCCUUUUCUCAUUUGAUUAUCAUCAUGGGGGUGGUCUUCGUUACUGGUACAUUGUGCCAGCUAGUGAACGAGGAGCUCUUGAACAUAUGUUUCAACAAGAAGCAAUUUCACUUUGUCUUGAACACGGACAGGUAUUAAUUGAUCCACUUACGUUUGAUAAAUAUAGAAUUCGUUACCAUCGACUUGUUCAACAUCCGAAUGAAAUUGUUGUUCUAGCGGCUGGAGCUCUGUCUCAGAGUUUCACUGAAGAUGCAACAUGGAGUGAAACCAUUGAUUUCGCUCUACCUAGUUGGCUCGAUGAUGGACAUGCAAGCGCUCAAAUAUCAUGUGCAUGCAAACUACCCAUAACUUCAUUAUCAAAAGUAAUUGAUAUUAAUUCAUUCCGUCCUGAACUCAUACAAUGCUAUAUUAACACCUAUCUUAAUAUUAUUAUAGAUAGUAAAUCUUUAUCUAAUACAAGUAAUCAAAAUUCGGAAACGAAUAAAAUAUCAAUUUUAUCCAGUACUUCUUUAACAUCUUUGGAUAGAUCAUCAAGUCAAUCAGUGAUAUCUUCUAUUGGUAGUAAUUUAUUUGAAGAUGAAGGUAUCGACAAUUGCCAUUAUUUAAAUCAAUUAAAAAUGCAAGAAGAAAAUAAUGUUUUGGAAAUACCAGAUGAAUUCGCACAUUGUACAACAUCAUAUUCACUUCAAACUUCGAGUAAAUCCACUGAUGAUUUUUAUGAAAUCUUUUCAUCACAAGAUUCCUACGAACGAACGAUGAUAGAAAGUAUUGAUGAUCCUUGCACUUUGUCUUUUGAAGAAAUUAUGGACUUAUUAUCCACUCCUCCAAUUCCUGUUAAAUCGAUAGAAUCUCAGGCUGAACCGCAAGUUGAUAAACGUAAUGAUAAUAAAAGAACAAUUUCAGUAAGUAGUGUGACUUAUUUUUCAUUAAAAAAAAAUUGA